AUGGCGCACAGCAAUCGAUCGGCGUAUGGUCCAUUCGACGAGGAGCUCGUGGGCCCAAAGAUCACCGAUAGCACCGCAGAGGAUGCAGAGGAGCUCGCUAUGUCUGCCAUGAAGUCCUGGGCCAGUUCAUGCACCGAAAAGAGCUGCGCAGAGAGGCACUCCAUGCUGUCGCUCCGGGGCCAGGAAUCCCGAUGGAUGAUCCCGCGAAAGGAGCUUCAGCUUCAACUGGAGCUCAGCAGGACGCUGAAGAGCACUCUUUACCGCGCAAGCUGGCAUGGAACGGAGGUGGUGGUCAAGUGCGCAGGUCGUCACGAUAACGAUGCAGCCGAAGCCGUGCUCAAUGCUGGCACUCGUAAGACCGGAUCAAGCCCAGAGGAGACGGAAACUACGGAGAUUGCGGCUGAGCUGCUCCACGAAAUUGACGUUCUGUCAUCCAUGAGACAUCCCGACAUGGUCAUGUUCAUCGGGGCCUGCUUGGAUCCGCAGCUGCCCAUCAUGUGUGUCACGGAGUUCAUGCCUGGUGGUGACCUCGAGAGCUACUAUUCCUCACAGAGGAAUAAGCACGACUGUGCCGUUUGGAGUCCGCGCCUAAGCACGGUCUUGGAGUGGAGCUCGGCAGUCGUCAGGGCGCUCGUCUUCCUGCAUUCACGGAAGAUGGUGCACCGGGAUCUGAAGCCUAUGAACCUGCUUCUGAACAAGCACCAGGAGGUCAAGGUCUCAGACUUCGGUAUCAGCCGAAUGCUCUCGCUCAGCGAUGCUUACAGCAUGACAGGUGGCAUUGGCAGCUGGCGGUAUAUGGCUCCGGAGGUGGUGAGGCAUCAAGCCUAUGAUGAGAAGGUUGACAUCUACGCCCUGGGAUUGAUCAUUUACUUUAUGAGCUCCCUG